GCAUUGGAUUUCAUCUGCUUUAUUUGUGUAUUAGCUGGUGGCCCCAGUUAUUAUGCUGGUGCCGGUUGGGCUACGUUUGUUUGCAUAUUCGGCAUGAUGGUCACUCUCACACUCCUCGUCCUGUACUUAUUUCGUAUCGUCGACAUGUUCCAACAAAUGCCGUGGAUUGUCAGUGAAAUGAUUUUUUGCUUCGCCUGGGCAAUAUUCUUUUUCAUUUGUGGUUGUGUGCUGGCAGUAGCCGCAGCACGAUUCCAUGGCGUUACCGGUUACGGCGCAGCGGCUGUAAGUUUUGAUUGA